AACUGCACCACUUGGUACGCCCCGGACUCGUACGACUCGUGCGAGUCAGUCCUGGCUUUCACCUGGCUUGAGUUUGAUGACUUAUAUCAUAUGAACCCGUCUAUCAAGAGCGACUGCUCUAGGUUGACCCUCGGCACGUACUACUGCAUAUCAACCAACGAGGACGGCAGUCCACCAGGGGAGGACGAUUCUAGCGUGACCUUAACCAGUGGCGCCUCGUCCACGGCCACGGCCACGGCCACGGCCACAGGAGUUGUCACGCCCAGCCCCGUGCAGUCGAACAUGGUCUCUAAUUGUGAUGAUUUCUACCUUGUUCAGGCCGACGACGGGUGCUGGGCCAUUGCUAACUCGAACAACAUUGAGCUGAAUGACUUUUAUACAUGGAACCCAAGCGUCAAGACUGACUGCACCGGACUUGAGGCCAAGGUGUACGUCUGCAUCGGUAUCAAGGCCGCUGCCACUACGACAACAGUCGACAAGACGACCAGCACCACCAGCGGAAAUAGCGGGUCGACACCCUCGCCCGUGCAGGAUGGCAUGGUGAGCGACUGCAAGGACUUUUACUUUGUUCAGGCCGACGAUGGAUGCUGGGCUAUUGCCAAUACAAACGGCAUUGACCUAGCUGACUUUUACGAAUGGAAUCCUGCUGUCAAGAGUGAUUGCUCCGGACUUCAGGCCAAUGUCUAUGUGUGU